UGUCAAGAAAAUCAAACAAGAUCCCUCUACAAAGGAGAAUGACUUUUUUGGCAUGUCCUCUCAGGAAAGUCGAGAUAUAUUUUCAUCUUCAUCCACAAGUUCAGUCGACCCAUUCCCAAGCCCAAUUACAAGGGAUUUAUUCCAAGACAUCUCCAGUUUGGAAGACCCGUUUGGUACUACUCCUUCAAAAUUAUACGACCCUUUCCAAGAUGUUUCAAACGGGACUCCAGACAUCUUCCAACCACUUCUCUCAAAGACUAACAGCAGGGAUAUGUUUGAGAUAACCCCCAGCAAUACUGAAUCUAAGCCUACAUACUCCAUGCCUUCCCUCAACGGUUCACCAGAACUGAAGAUGGACAUGCUAUUGUCGCGAGAUCUCUCCGAAGCAAAGCCAUUAGAAUCUCUUCCAGCUGUCAAACCAAAGUCUUUCAACAGGCUACAUGAUAUUGUGUUGACAACUCCACGGGGCACCAAGCAUGAUAUUCUUCAACCAACUCCAUUCAGUCAGGCCGUCAAUCUGUCUGUGUCACCCAGCCAGUCUCCAGCUGAAAUGACUCAUGUGCCGACCUUCAAACGUCCACCAAAGCCACUUCCACGAACUAGACCACCCAGGACAGAAAAGCCACUGAAACCAGAAAAGCCACCCACACCUGCAAAACCUAUUGAACCUGAAUCAAAUGUACCAAAAACGUCUCCUAAACCAAGUUUCAGAUCGCUCCCGAAACCAGUUAUUCACCGCAAACCAAAUACCCCAGAAAGUAAACCAGUGGACCCUGAGAACUAUGUUGUCUAUGAGGACGUCCUGCUCAUUGGACAGGAAAGGUGUGUGGAAGACUGGCCUGAGGACAGUCCUCAGCUUAACCCUGACUUCAGACCAUCUGGAAAAUUUAGACUACGGCGAGAGUCACUGAAGGCCAAGACAGACUCCGAUGGAGGAAGUGGUGAGGAUCAGGAUCCCUCUGGAAGUCAUAGCAAGAAAAAAGACAAGAAAUUCAGAAUGACCCUACUCUCCAGAAGAGGCUCAAAGGAUAAGUUUCCUGAUGACACGAAGGAGGGGAAAAGCGGUACACUACCUAUCCCUCGUAAAUCAUCACAGGAGUAUUUUUCAGAGUUGCACAUAGCUGCAGGAGAGAAUGAAGAUGGAGAGCAGAAUGAGAUGGACUACAAAAAGAAACCUCUGAAGACCAAAGUGAAACGGCUGCUUAGAAGAGCAUCCACUAAUUCCUCUGUGCCAGAGGGAAAGCACACGAAUGAAUCAAAGGAUGAUGAGAUCGAUAAGAAAAGCAAUGGCAAGAAAAACUCCGUCAUACGGCGAUGGUCAGAGGGGACAGUGCUGGAUGACAGCGCCGGUGAAGAGAAGGAUGGAGGGGUAGCCCAUCAUGAAGAGAGGAGAAAAAGCAGGGUGAAAAUCCAGUUUGUGCCACACAGAGGAUUUGCCAUCACUGUAAAAAAGGCUGAUGAUGAACCCAAGGGAGCGCACGGAUACACACCUCGUAAAGGCUCAAAGGAUAAAUCAUAUGACGAAGUUUACGGUGCACAUGGCUACACGCCUCGUAAAACGUCUCAGGAUGAUGCUUUUGAGGAUGCAGAAGAGAUGAAAGGCCACGGUCUACAGUCAUCUAGCAAGGCUGCUUUUUGGGAUGACAAGCACUUACAGAAAACACACCAUUUUUCUGCUGGACUAAAUGGAGAUGAAGAUGCUUAUGGAAUGGAAGACUGCAAACCUAAGAAACCAACAAAGAUGAAAUUGCUGCACACGGGUCGAAGAAGCUCUAAGGAGGACAUGCCAGAUCACACCAGGCCUCAGAAAAAGAAGAGCAGCUUCUCAGCAGAGGAGUUAAACGAUGAAGAACUAAAUUGGAUGAUGGACUGCAAACAGAAAUAUUCCAAACAUAAAGGUCCUAAUCCUGUUCCAUGCAAAUCUAAGACAACCUACGAUCCAAUUGGACAGAGUGAACUGAUCGGAUUCAACCACCACAUGCCUGACGAGGCAUCCGGUGACGCCUUUGCUGAGGACGAAAUUACAGGAAAAGAUUUCUUGAGUCCAGAAGACAUCUAUGACAGUGAACAAGAUGAACUGGAAACCUGCAAACCGAAAAAGACAUCGAAACUCAAGGGCUUCAAAAAAUACAAGUUUAAGAGCAAAGUCAUGCAUCCAGAGUGUGAAGACCCACCAGGAGCUACAUGUAGUGACUUCCUGUCAGAGGCUGCUAAGGCGGAGUGGCUGGCUGCUCAGCAGGAUGAGCGUGCUAUGGCUGGUUUGGAGGACGAAGAUGAGGACGGGGACACUGACAGUUUGAUGGAGUGGUGGUACACUGUGGAGCAAUGGGAUGAGGUGCCAUCAGACGACGAGAGCAAAGUCAUACAAGAGGAUGAGUCCAAGUCAUUCACUAUCUUGGCGGACAAGGUUUACCACGGCCUUCGUGUCUUCAACAAGGUCUUCACAGAGCGAGCUGAGGUCCUCUGGCAGUCCAUCAUUACGCUCCACGCUAUCGCCGAUGAUAUCAGCAACUUCCAUCACAAAGCCAAGAUCGCUGGCAUCACUGGCGGCACCACCACUGCCGUGGGCGGCGUGGCAGCUAUUACUGGUCUGGCUCUGGCACCCUUCACCUUUGGUGCCUCUCUGGUAGUUACAGCUGUUGGUGUGGGUGUGGCGACAGCUGGCGGAAUCACUUCAGCAUCUGCGGCCAUCUCGGAUAAUGUUAAUAACAUGCACGACCAGAAGAAGGUGGAGACAGUACUGAAGGAGUAUGAGGCUCACCUGCUGGACAUUGGGAAGGUCCUGCACUUUGUCAAUCAGGGCUUGUACAAACUUCGUGGCCACCCCUUCCUCAGGUCUGGCACCCAACACUACUCAGAGGACUGGGAGAUCCGUAGGGCCGUGCAGAUUAUCAGCUUAGUCGACCCCCCAGUGAUGCGAGCAACUGAGGUAACAGACGAAGCUUUAGCUUCAGUCCAACGACUCUUCAAAGGCAUGGACAAGUACUUCAUCAAGGAGUCCCGGGAGCUGAAGAAAAGCUGCAAGAAAGAGAUGGUGUGUCAAAUAAAGGAUGUGGCAAAUGGGCUGAAUGACACAAUAGUGGAACUCAACACCAUCAGAGAGGAGCUACAGGAUGCUACAGGAAACUUGUGAGCAACAUUGUGCAUGAUGCCUCUUUGAGCACAGUUAUUUCUCAAAGUUCACCAUCGCCCCCUCCUGGCUAAAUAAGGGAACUGUCAGUAUAGAGGAAUUCAUGUUACCAGGAAUUUCUUUUUAACAAUGCUGAAUACAGCAGACUCUGGAUAUGUACACAGCUGACAGUAUAUUCCAGUUGACUGCAAUAAUGUGAAGCUUAUAACGGUCACUUUUGUUGUGAUAUUGGCAGAGAGGUGUUAAUUCAACUCUGAGGCUGUAGAUUUUUUUUGUCGUAUUUGUAUUAUAUUGUAAAAUGUUUAACCGGGAGACUUUAAUUGGUGCACUGUGUGUAUAUUGUUCUGUGGUAAUGGGUGUAUAUAUGAGGUGUAGCAGAAUAUAGCAUUGUGGUCACAGAUGGGUACAUUUUUAAAUGACUACCAGUUUAAUUUGUCCACCUGUUGUAUGCACGAUGAGCACAAAGUUGUAAACAUCACCUUCCAAUACAGUGCAGUCCCAUAGAGCACAAAACCACAAAUCCAUGACUGAGUUUCAUAACACUUUUCUGACACAGUCCCAACAAAAUCUAUAUAAAUUCACAAAGGUAGUAUUUAUUUUAUGGAUAAUGUAUUAAGUAGUAUUAUUAUAUUCAAUCCGUAUAUUGGAUAUCAGUUUGGAAAAAAAAGCCUUUGCAAGAUUUGAGUGUGUUGCUAAAAUUGCCAUCUUGAUAAAAAUUUUAUUUGUUAAAUAAAGUAACUGUAGUUAGUUUAUGACUGGACUAUGGGGAUAAAUAAUAAAUCAUAUUUUAAGUGUUUCUUCUUCAAAGAGAAAGUGUGACAUUGCCCGAUAUAAAAAUAAAAUUAAUGUUGCAUAUAAGGUAAUUUAUUUUUAACACAUCACUGUAUGGCAUUACUUCCCUACGCUAAUGAUUUUUUUAAUGUUGGUGUGCAAGGGGUGGACAAUAUAACAAAUAUUUUUUACAGCCCUAUAGUCCUGCAGUAACAAUUUUUAAAGCUCAUUAGGUUUUCUUACCGACUGUGUCAGUGUUGAAUAAACUUGUUGGCCACUGUUGAAGCUGUAGUUUGUAGUUUGCUGGCACAUCAGCCAAGGCUUCAAUAAUUUGUUACACCUUUUUGUUGCAGGUCUAUUGGUAACGUAUUUCUGUAUUUAAAGGAACAUGUCACCAUGUAAAAUUACUGCACAAAAAAAAUCACACUGGCUGUCAUUUUUAUAUUGGUUUAUGGAGAACAGUUGUGCACAGUUUAGCUGUAUGCAGAAUCCAUUUUAUUUUUCCACUAUCUAGUUUCUAUAGAAAAACUGGGAGACAUUUUUGGUCAUAUCAUGUGACCUGCAAGUAAAUGUGUUUGUGUAUAUGUGUAAAUACUGUUACAAUAUGCCUGCCUUAAUUAGUUUAACCUGUACGUGCCUUCAUGGAGUUUUUAUUUAACUGUCAAAGAAAAGCUAACUAUUCAUAUGUUGAUAUGUUGUGAAUACAGAAAGAUUUCUAUCACUGUAUAUGUUGAUUGGCAAAUAGUCAAUGACCACGUCUUUGUUUUGUCUGUGUAUCACUGUCGGUGCAUGUGAAAGUCUUAAGAUACUCUUUUUUGGUAUAUGAUAUUUUAUCUUAACCUCAGUGUUGUAUAUGUUUAUCCUACAAUUCAAACUAUCCAGAUAUUUUAUAUUUUAUGGAAGCAAGUAACAACUGCAAUAAUGAGAAUCAUAUAAGCCACUGUGAAAUUGAAUUAUUAUUAAAUAAAUAAUACUGAAAUUUAAAUACUAAUAUUUCACUUUGAAAAUCAUCUAUCUGAAUCUGUUAUGUAGACUGUUCCCUUUUUGAAUGUCCAGAUUUUCCUUAAGUAUGUCUAAGGAUUCACAAAUUCAAUUAAA